AUGCGUUACCCAGAGCUUGUUGAAGACGAAAUUCCACAUCCUCGUAUUGGAAUACCUGUUCCACCUCCAAUCGUAGACGCUGCUAUCAUCGAGAGGGUCGACCGCAAUUGUUUGAACUGCGGAUCCAAAGUCAUGAAUAUUGAUAGCAAGUGGAUCAGAGCCGACAAACCAACUCCAUUCUGCAGCACCAAUUGUUCCCUGGACAAGGGAAUCCCUCUCACAAACCGGAUGGUGUUUCGACCAAACACUUGCAAGGAUAAGGAUUGUGAAGAACUCAUUCUUGCCUACGCUUACAACAAGACCAUGUGCCACACACAUUACAAGAUCUAUCGCAAAAUCAAGCAACGUGGCCAGAGAAAGGCAAACAAGAUCAACAAGCAAAACGAAAAGAAUGCCAGGGAAGAGGAAGAAGAAGAGGAGGAAGAAGAGGAAGAAGAAGAGGAUUGA